AUGUCCAGAAUUCUGUUUGUGGCCUCCCUCCUGCUCCUGGGCGCAGCGGGGAAUCUUUCGUCAAUUCCUCUAAAUGAAACUCAACAUCCGGGAGCUGUUGUCAAUUCCACUGAGGCACUAUUGACUGAAGCAGCUAACAAUUCCUCAGAAGGAGCAACAGCCAAUUCAACAGGUGAGAAUAGUAAGGCUCCUAAAGCAUCUAUCCUUCAGCCAACCGGGCCUCCUGCAAUGAUGGUGAAGCCUGGCCAGUGUCCUGUUGUUAGCUUUCUGGUCCACGCUUCUCACAACCAACCUCACAACAGGCAUCCCCACCGUGGCCUUUCUUCAAAAAGGAAAUUCAAGCAUGGGUUCAGUUCCUCUUCUUCUGAGUCUGGCUCGUACUCAAAAGAAGACUUUGGCCAUCACUACCAUUACUAUCGUCACCAUGGGCCUUGGGAGCAUCCAAAUCCCUGCAGGGCUGCUGACUGUGGGAUGGAUGGAGACUGCCCAGGAGAACUAAAGUGCUGUGCAGUUCCUGGGUGCGAGAUGAAAUGCUUGAGACCUGCGUCUUCCGACCAGUUGCCAGGAAGGUGGAGAUCACCCAGAAGAUAUGUAGCAUCUCCAUCAACAGUUCUUCCCCCCUGAUCCAACUUCGACGGCAAAUGAAAGUCCCAGAAGAACCAUUCAAAAGAAGGUUGUCUGGAAAACAACUCCUGUUUUCUUUAAUUCUACUCCUAUAAAAGUGAAGAGCUUCAAACUAUAAAUUAAAAAAAACACCACUGUACGCACUUG